AAUUUUGUUGGUCAAUCCAAAUAUCGGAAUAUUUUUUGAACGUGUAGCAGUCAGCUUACAAAGUAUCGGCUUCGCGAUAUUAUUUGGUAGUUUAAAAAAUAUCAACAUUAUACUCUUGGAACUUUAAUCGUUCUAUUGUUACAUUUGGAUUAAUUACGUCUAAUUUUGGAUUUGAAAAAUAUAGAAGAAAUGAGUGUUCUUGAAUGGAGGAGUUGUGAAUUUUAUGAACUGGCGCUAUUUUCAAAUUUUUGCAAAGUUGAUAAACAGUCGGAAAUAGUUGCACACUGCACCAAUGGAAGUUUAUAUAUUUUCUGCGAGGCUCUGGGAAUAAUUCACGUAUGUUUUAGAAAUUCCUGGGCAAUCAACUUUCGGUGUCCUUGCUCUAAACUACGAUUCUGUGCACUUACAACCAAGAACGAAUUCCUCGUUCUCGUAGCUGAAGGGGAAUCAGCUACCAGUGUAAAUGUGCAUGUCUUAAACUUGGCUGGUAUCAGUAAACGUACAGGAGCUGCCCUUGUUGGUUCAGCACAAUUAACCACACAUGGAUGUGUAACAUCUCUUAAAGCGUGCGUGUCAAUAGGUGGAUUGUUAUGCAUUUCAAUUGGAUUAGAUACGGGUGAACUACUAUUUCACCUAUCUGUUAUAAAUUCAGAUAUGACAUCAAAUUUCAUAACUUUUCCUUCUUGCAAAAGUCGCAUUAUAGGGAUUGAAUUUCAGCAAAAAAUGGAUGUUCUGUACAUGUUUGUAUGCUCGGAGUAUAAUGUUCGUUUGUAUCAUAUUAUCAACAGUAAUAUUAUAAACACCGAAACAAUUAUGGAAUCGUCAACAACUGCUAUUAGUUGUUGUACUUUUCAACAUAAUGCUGAAAAUUCAUAUUUCUUGAUCGGGCGAGAUGAUGCAGUUUAUUGCUUUACAAUAGAUGGCAGGGGGCCAUGUUACGCCAUAAGCGGAAGGAAAAAAGUUAUUGCUUGUUUAAAAAGUAACAUUGUAAUAUUAAUGGAAUCGGAGGAAAAACCGUUAAGUUAUAUUAUUAUAAUUGAUAUUUACAAAAAAACAAUUGUCUUCCAAAAAGAUAUUGAAAAGUCAAACAAUAAUAUGCUAGUAACGAAUGAAUUGUUCUGCUAUAUAUUGAACGAUAACAACAUUUAUAUUACCAUAGAGAAGAGCAUUCAAUGCAAAUUGCAGAUAUUAAUGAAUAGUAAUCUUUAUGAACUUGCUUUGAACGAAAUUAAUAAUAGAAGACGCAGCCUUACAGGAAGUGUCUUGUUAAAAUAUGGUGAUUAUUUAUUGCGUAAAGGAGAUGUAUCUUCAGCGGUUAACAAAUAUAAGCAAACAAUAGGAUUAAUGAAUUCUUAUUUUAUUAUAAAAAAACUCGUAGAUUUAAAGUACAAUAGUCAAUUAUUGCAGUAUAUUAGUAAUUUCGUAACCACUGACACAGCGUCGGCCACGCAAAGAGAACUGUUCGAGAAUUGCAAAAAAAGAAUAAACAUAAGUCUUAAAUGUAAUAAUGCGGCAAAUGAAAUCUGUUGUGAUAAUAAACUUCCUAAGACUUUGUUAACAUUUUUAAAUAAUGUUGAUGCGAUCUUAAACCAGUCUUCGGAUCAUUCUUUUAAUAAUACUUUUGAUGAUCAGCUAAUAGGGAAUUGUCCUCGAAUAAACUCGACGUAUUGGCAGAAGAUUUUUAAAGCGCUAAAGAUGGUUAAGACUCCUGAGCGCUAUAUAUCGCUUUUGAUAGCUUCAAACGAAAACUGUACGAAAUUUUUAGAACAUUUACUUUCUUUGUCUAAUCAAAGUACCUUGGUGUUUAAUCUUUUAUUGGAAGUGCAUCUAUUUGAAUGGCAAAAAGGAAAAAGGAGUGCCCCAGAUAUAAUAAAAUUAUUAGAAAACUAUGGUACUGGUUAUUCCGAGCAAAUUGUGAUUUCAUUUGUGAACUAUUCAUUCUGGCCUGGUAUUAUAUACUUGCAUGAGAAAUACAAGAAGAUGCAAUUGUCUUUAAAAUACUGUGUUAAGUACUGUGAUUUCGAUAUACCUUUUAAAUUCGAGAAAGAGUCGUACACUAUUGGUCCAAAUAUGAUGAUGCAGGCAUUCGAUGUCAUAAACUGCAGUUCCCAAAUUAAAAUUGAUUUUGUUGAUAAAAUAAUUGGGACGAUGUUGAGUGAGAGAAACCAAGCAAUGCUGCAAGUAGCUCAAGGAAUUUCCAUUCGAAAAAAUUACAAGGUAGUUCACAUAAAGAAACUAUUUUGUACCAAUAAAUCCGAAAAUGAUAAUAAAUCUAAGUAUAAAAUAAAGCCUUUGGUCUUCUGUUUGAAGUCUUUAAAUGCUUAUCUUUUAAAGUUUAGAACGUGUCCCGUUGAAUUUAGGGAGAAUAUCUGUGUUAUUUGCAAAUGCAGUUUGACCCUACCUGCAAUUUAUUUCAUGUGUCAGCACGCUUUUCACGUAGGAUGUGUUGAACAUAAUUUAUAUGGCAAUACAUGUCCCUUCUGCCUACCGCAAGAAGAUAAUCAGUGAACGUACCUACGUAUGAAUAAUAAAGAUAUUUGGUUUAUUGACUCAUAAGUCGAUAUUCUACAGAAUUAAACAAGUGAAAGCCUUCAGAAUAUGUACAUAUAUCAAAUGUUCCUGCUUUAGAUAACAUCUAAGUCCCUCACAAAGAUUUAUAGAUAAUACAAUUGGUUUAUAUGUACAUAAUUUAAUAAGCCAAGGAGUUAUGUUUAGUAGUGGCAUAACUACUUGAACUGAUGUGAACUGUAAAAUCAGGCAACAGGCGUCACAAAAAAUAUGGAAUAUUAUCUGGACUUAAAAUUGCAAUGCACAUUUAGCAAAGCAAGCUGAAAAUUACGCCGCUGUAUUCUAAUUCUAUAAAACGUCCCUUUUUUAUGUUAUAUAUAUAUAUAUAUAUAUACAUAUAUAUGUAUACAUUAAUUAACAUAAUAUUUUAGUUUUUCUACGAACAUGACAAUCAAUUUUUAUUAAAUUGAACGCGUCCGUUUUCGAUUUGUUAUCUAUUGAGGUAUAAUUUUGUGAAUAAUUUUAAGUUUUAACAUAAAUUAAAUAUAUUAAUACCUAUGAAAUUGGAGCAAGUCAAUAAACCAACCGUUUAGCUACAUAUGUACAUAUGAAUGUGUAUGAAAAAACCAAA